AUGGAAGGAAGUUCAUCUUCAGCUGAAACUCAAGCUAAUCCAACGGGUCCGAAUGUUAAUCAGCGGCCGUCUGUGCUUGUUCUUGGAAUGGCUGGUUCGGGCAAGACAACGUUUGUUCAGCGUUUGACGGCUUAUCUGCAUGCUCGCAAAACACCGCCGUACGUGAUCAACUUGGAUCCAGCAGUGGCGAAAGUUCCGUAUCCAGUGAAUGUCGAUAUUCGAGAUACUGUGAAGUACAAAGAGGUUAUGAAAGAGUUUGGAAUGGGACCGAACGGCGCAAUCAUGACAUGCUUGAAUCUCAUGUGCACACGAUUCGAUCAGGUGAUAUCGCUUAUCAACAAACGAUCCGAUGAGUUUUCCGUUUGCUUAAUCGAUACGCCUGGACAAAUUGAAGCGUUCACUUGGUCGGCAUCUGGAAGUAUCAUCACAGAUUCAUUGGCUAGUAGCCAUCCAACGGUUGUGAUGUAUGUUGUCGACUCAGCCCGCGCCACAAACCCGACAACGUUCAUGUCGAAUAUGUUGUAUGCGUGCUCCAUCCUUUAUCGCACCAAGUUGCCAUUCAUUGUCGUUUUCAACAAAUCCGACAUUGUUCGGCCAACGUUCGCUCUUAAAUGGAUGAAAGACUUCGAGAGAUUCGAUGAAGCUUUGGAAGAGACUCGUAGUUCCUAUAUGAAUGAUCUCAGUCGAUCUUUGUCCUUGGUACUUGAUGAAUUCUACUGUGGUCUCAAAUCUGUGUGCGUUUCGUCUUUAACCGGCGAAGGAUUCGACGACGUAAUGAACGCGAUUGACGAAUCAGUUGAAGCUUAUAAGACCGAAUAUGUGCCAAUGUACGAAAAAAUUGUGGAAGAGAAGAAAAAACUAGACGAAGAAGAAAAGAGAAGAAAGGAAGAGGAGGCGUUGAAAGGAAAAGAGGUCGCUGUUCUUAAUGGAGAUGUCGAAGAACAUUUGAACACGAAAAUCGAUCGCAUUCAUAUUGGAGGGGUUGAAGAAGAAAAUGAGGAAGAUUCGCAUGUUCUUCGAUCUUAA